GGCAGCUUUUACGCAGAGGGCUGUCACACCUGCUGAAACGCACUUCACCAUUCAGCACAACAGAGCCCUCUUUUGCGCUCAACUCCAAUUAAUACACACUCCUGCGAGGUCAGCGCUUCCGUCCCGCUUCUCCGCGUUUGUUCCUGUGUCUUUUUUUUUUCUCCUGAUUUUUUUUUUUCUUUUAUGCGUGUAGAGCUUGGCGAUCCUGUCAUGCCCCCUGCGCAUGGAUUGUCUCUGCCAGAAUAGGCGAACAAAGCGCAUCAAGUCUCUCCAGAGAGCUGCCUAUCACGGAUUUCUUGUCUGUAAGUACAGGCUUUUCGGGAUAAACAUUUGGCAACGUCGGCUUAUAUCGAGUUCACUUUGGAUAGAAAGGCUCUAUUAAAGAUGGACAGGCUAAGCUUUUUUCUUAGCCCGACGGAUAGCCAUUUAAUUUAGGAAAUAUUCCGACUUUGGUGGACUAAAAAUAAUGGCACGGUUUUGGAUAAAGCGCCGGUUGCUGGUUUCCUGGGAUUAGACUGAAAGUAACUAAACAAAUCAGUACUGCAAUAUACAAAACAAACAUUUUACUGCCCCAAAUAUAUAAAAAUAUAGAGACAAGCCCAAGGCUGCAGAGAAAUAAAAACAAACCAUAAAAGAGGAAGACUAUGGAACACACUGGGAUCGAGGAGGUGAGCCAGACGCACCAGCAGCAGCAUGAACCCAUCAGCUUCGGCAUCGACCAGAUCCUCAACAGCUCGGACCAGUCCAGCGGCUGCAUGCUGCCCAACCGGACCGGGCAGGAGCCGGAGUCUUACGCGCUGGCGGCCCCCAACGUGUACGGCAACGGCUACGGCGGCGUGUACAACCCGGCCUGCUCCAUGGCGGCCGGCCUGGCCGGCUCCUACAACGUCAACAUGAACAUGAACGUCAGCAUGAACAUGAACGUGAACGUGAACUCCGGGGCCGCCGGGGCCGGCGGCGUGAUCCGGGUGCCGGCGCACAGGCCCAUGCCGGCCCCGCCGCCGCCGGGGGCCGCGGCCGCACCACACCCGCCCCCCUCCGCGCACCAUCCGCCCGGGAUCGGACACGGGAUCCCCUCCGUGCCCGGCAUGGGGAUGGGCGCCGCGGCCAACUUCACCUUUCCCUGGAUGGAGAGCAGUAGGAGGUUUGCCAAGGACAGACUAACAGGGGAGCAGGCAGAGGAGAGCCGAGCCGGGGAGGCCACGGGGGGCCCAGAGAGCGCCGGGUCCCUCUGUCCUCUCCCCAAGGGAGACAUCGGCAGGGUCCCCGUUUGGAGCACGGUGGAAACAUUAGCCAAAUGCUAUUACCCUGAGCUUGCCCACCUGCGAGACGGCACUGGCCUUCUAGCAGACUAUCCUUUUCCAAAGGGGGCUUGCCCAGCUGCCCUCUCACCCUUCUCCGUGACCCGGCGCAUCGGCCACCCGUACCAGAACCGGACGCCGCCCAAAAGAAAAAAGCCUCGCACCUCCUUCAGCCGGGUGCAGAUCUGCGAGCUGGAGAAACGCUUCCACCGGCAGAAGUACCUGGCGUCGGCCGAGCGCGCCACCUUGGCAAAGGCCCUGAAGAUGACGGACGCGCAAGUUAAGACCUGGUUUCAGAACCGGCGGACAAAAUGGCGGAGACAGACUGCAGAGGAGCGAGAGGCGGAGAGGCAGCAGGCCAACCGGCUGAUGCUGCAGCUUCAGCAGGAAGCUUUCCAGAAGACGUUGAGCCAGCCGCUGCAGCCAGACCCCCUCUGUCUGCACAACUCCUCCCUCUACGCCCUGCAGAACCUGCAGCCCUGGGCAGAUGACAAUAAGCUGUCGGUCUAAAAGAGAAGAGGGCACUUACCCCUAAGUGCCAGGAAACAAAUGGACACCUCUGUACAUGCCCAACUAUCAAGACUGUACUCCCCCCUUCACUUUGGCUCUGGAUCCCUCACAAUGCGGCAGAGACUCUCUGCCAGUAACGGCAAAUUUAAAGCCCCCCCUCAACCCCCCCUUCCUUUUUUUCUUUUCUUUUCUUUUUCUUUGCUUUUGACUUUGUACAAUGUAGUAAAUGCAUGUUUUAACCCUUCUCUGUGUGCACUUGGAAGUACCACUGACGUCAGCAGCUGUGGAGGCGGAUCUCCGACCACGGUGGGGCAAACUAGUGGCUGCUCGGCCCCGGUCAUGGAUUCCUCCUUAUGUUCAAUUCAAAAGUGUUUUAUAUUAAAUGAUAUUGUGACUUUUUGAAAAGACGCCAAA